AUGGCAUUGCAGAGGCAGCUCUUGAAGAAAGCUCUAGGGGAAGCCAAGACCAAGAUUGGUGGCUCCCGUUUUUGUCACAGGCCAUCUCUCUGCUGUUCUUUCUCUACGCUUCCUUCUUCUGGUGCUGAUCAUGAGGCUGCUCUGCCUUUGCUGCCGCCGUUUGGUUACGAGCCAAAGCCUUACAAUGGACCUCGGGGCGAUGAGGUCUUCCAGAAGCGAAAGAAGUUUCUGGGUCCUUCUCUUUUCCAUUAUUAUCAGAACCCUCUCAAUAUUGUUGAAGGGAAGAUGCAAUAUUUGUUUGAUGAGAAUGGCAGGCGCUACCUUGAUGCUUUUGCUGGGAUAGUAACUGUUUCUUGUGGACAUUGCCAUCCAGAAGUUUUAAAUGCUAUCAUGGAGCAGAGCAAGCUUCUGCAGCAUGCCACAACCAUUUACCUGCACCAUGCAAUAGCUGAUUUUGCCGAGGCAUUAGCUUCAAAAAUGCCUGGAAAUUUAAAGGUUGUUUACUUUGUGAAUUCUGGGACAGAAGCAAAUGAAUUAGCAAUGUUGAUGGCUCGUCUAUAUAGUGGCAGUCUUGAUAUGAUUUCAUUGAGAAAUGCAUAUCAUGGGGGAAGUUCUAAUACAAUUGGUUUGACCGCUUUGAACACAUGGAAGUAUCCAAUUCCACAGGGUGAAAUUCAUCACGUUGUAAAUCCAGAUCCAUACCAUGGACUCUUUGGCUCGGAUGCCAAAAGUUAUGCGAAAGAUGUACAAGAUCACAUUGAUUAUGGAACUUCAGGAAAAGUUGCUGGAUUUAUAUCUGAAACAAUUCAGGGAGUUGGAGGAGCAGUUGAAUUGGCACCUGGAUAUUUAAAACUGGUUUAUGACAUUGUUCGCAAGGCUGGUGGUGUCUGCAUUGCUGAUGAAGUACAAACUGGGUUUGGGCGCACAGGAAGCCAUUAUUGGGGCUUUGAAACGCAGGGUGUCAUUCCUGAUAUAGUUACCAUGGCUAAGGGCAUUGGAAACGGGUUGCCAUUGGGAGCAGUGGUGACAACACCAGAAAUAGCAAGUGUACUAGCCCAGAAGAUUCAAUUCAACACUUUUGGUGGAAACCCUGUAUGCUCUGCUGGAGGGCUUGCAGUGCUCAGAGUUAUUGAUAAGGAGAAGCGUCAAGUUCAUUGCGCUGAUGUUGGCUCUCACUUGCUUGGGCGUUUGAGAGAUCUUCAGCAAAGAUAUGAAAUCAUUGGAGAUGUCAGAGGCCGAGGCUUGAUGGUGGGGAUAGAGCUUGUCACUGACAGGAAAGAGAAGACGCCUGCGAAGGCAGAAACCACAGUUUUGUUUGAGAAACUCAGAGAGCUCGGAGUUCUUGUUGGCAAAGGGGGACUACAUGGAAAUGUUUUUAGGAUAAAGCCACCAAUGUGUUUUACCAAAGAUGAUGCAGAUUUUCUUGUUGAUGCUUUGGACUACUCCAUGUCAAAGUUCUUGGUCAUCUCCCCAAAGGUGUCUUGCAACCGUUGGAUGAAAUCGAUCCAUGUACGAGGAGUGAGGACGCCAAUCUAUGCACCAAAAUGGAUUCCUCUAGCUUAUCAUCAGAGGCCAUUAAGAGAGUGA